CCCUGUUGCAACCAGGAGUCGGCGAAUGGCGAGCGCUUGUAUUCAUUCAUUGACAGAGCAGGAGGCCACGAAGUGUUUUGGCAAUUUGCACCGAGUCCAUGACCAAGGACUGCCACGUCUGGCAAGCCCUCUCGUUUGCCGCUAUAUCACCAUCGCCGUUUCCGUUCCAUCGCCUUUUGAAACUUCCCGUCUCUUUGACAGCACCCAGAGCGAGACCUCGAGGCACUGAAUCGACAAGGCUGACCCGAGACUGCAAUUGACCGUCAGUAGCAGCCGUUAGCCGCCGCCGCCAUAAUGUCCGACUCUCCGUUCACGACACCCAAGAGGAAACGCAGCGAGAUGCUCAAUAAUGGCACGCUCAAUCUUAACACUGCAACUCAAUUCACCUUCGAGAUCAAUCCCGCCACUGACGACGGGAAUGCGAGCCCACGCACUCGGGUCGCACACCGGUUCCGGGGUCUCGCGCUAGGGGGUGGGAGCGGGGCUACCGGAUACUCGGCGGAGGUGAACACGAUCGACAAUGACGCCGAAGAUGCAUCGCGGAAACGAAUCAAGCUCCCAGAUGUCGAGAUGCGGGAUGCCGACACCCUCCCCGCCCCGGCGCCAGUCCGCCCCGGUUUCCCAUCUUCCCCACAUCGGGCCCGGUCCGUCCAAAGAGGCAGCCCCAGUGGCCGACAACAUUCCCCGAAAUCCGUUGGCAUCGCCCUCGAUGAUGCCGUGGUCGAACAGUCCGAAACGGUAGCCAACACCAGCACAGACGAAGUCACCGAUAGCACCACAACCACACCACCAUCUCUCACCCCGCCAACCCCUCCGCCCGUCACCAUCCGCCCGCCUCCCCAACCCCGCAACCGCAUCUCCAAGCGAGCCGGAACACCACCCUUCCAAUUCCCAACAGCCACAAACAAAACCCCAUCACGGAACACCGCAACAGCAGCAGCAACAACCCCAACAACAACAACAACAACAAUAACCGACCCGGUGCGCGCAUCACUCACGUGGCACGACGACGAGAUCACCAUCUACGACCCGGACGACUCGGACGACGACGGCACGGGCAUCAACGGCAUCGGCUUCAAGCCGACCCCCGCCGAGGCCUACGCCCGCACCGUGCGCCGCCGCCAGCAGCUCGCCGAGUACCGCAAGCGCGAGGAGCGCGACGCCCGCGCCAAGCGCAGCCUGCGCCGCCGCGGGGGGAACAGUCCCGCGCCUGCUGGUGGUCCUGGUGGUGGUGGUGGUGGUGGUGGUGGUGGUCUGCGGGGGGGUGAGGCGGUGGGGGGUGGGAAGAUUGGGAAGGGGGAGAGGAGGCGGGUGCGGUUUUUGGAUAGUCGCGUGGAGGGGGAGUUGAUUGGGGUUUGAGGGUUUGGGUUGGGUUGGGGUGUCUUUGUUUUGGCGGCGUUGGGCUUGGAGUUGGGGUAAUUUAGUGGGAUUGCUAUCAUGAGGGAUGACUCUCCGUGGCUUGCGUACGUUGCUUGGUUUAAACUCGAAAUUACACUUGACGGCAGGGCCGGGAAGUCGGCCGAUUGGUUUGGGGAUGGCGUUUGCACCGGGAUAUUGGGUUGGUUUUGCACGGGUGGACACCCUGGAACUGCUUCUUUUUGUAUACAAAUGGCGUUUGCUAUGGCGUGGUGCUGAGAGCUGGUCUUCACUUGAGAUACGAGCUACACGGCCGACGGAUAUCCCACCGGGCUUUCUUUUGUUACAAUACGAUGACACCUUUAACACCCCUCCUAUCAACCGCAUGCCGAUUAACCCCCCUCCAAACGUAUGGUGACUGCGUAUCAUACAC